AAGAAGAGUGAUCUGUCUCUCUUCACUACUUGUCAAAUCUUGGGCAAGUGACUUAGCUGAGCUUCAGUGUCCUCAUUUGUAAAAAUAAGGUAAAACCUCUCCAUCCUACUUCGAAAAGUUGUGAAGACCAAGUGUUUGGAAACUUCUAAACAUUUAUAAGGUUAUAAAGAAGAAAGUUCUGCUCUUUCUGUCAGAAUGAAGUGUGAUUUUAACUGUAACUGUGUUCAUUCUGGACUUAAAUUGGUAAAACCUGAUGACGGUGGAAGAGCAGGUUCCUACACUCCUGCAUAUUGGGAAGGUUCUUGUAAAGACUGCAUUAAAGACUAUGAAACGUUGUCAUAUCUUGGGUCACCAAUUGUGAGCCCCAGAAUCGUAGAACUUGAACAAACAGACAACAAGCCCCUGCAUAACAAGGAAAAUCAACAUGUGCAGCAAUCACUUAACAGUUCAAAUGAAAUAGAAGAACUAGAGACUACUGGACUUUAUGAAGACAGUGGCUAUUCAUCAUUUUCCCAACCAAGUGGCCUCAGUGAACAUGAAGAGGGUAGCCUUCCCCUCGAGGAAAAUUCCAGUGACAGCCCACAAUCUUGCCUCCUACAGACGCAAAACCCAGACCAGUAUCCCAACAAACACUUUCUGCCAGCUCUUCAUUUUGCAAAAUUGGUUUGUUCAACAUUAAAAAAGAAUGCCAAACGAAAUCCUAAAAUAGAUCGAGAGAAGUUGAAGGAAUUUAUAUUCAGUGGAAGUUUUAGACUACAGAAUAUAAUUGGCAGGAAAAUGGGACUAGAAUAUGUAGAUAUUCUCAGUGAACUCUUGCGAAGGGAUCUCAGACAUGUCUUAGCAAAUAUUUUAACGCAGCUGAAUGAUAUGGACUUAAUCAGUGUAUCUAAAGUGAGCACAACUUGGAAGAAGAUUCUAGAAGAUGAUAAGGGGGCAAUGCAGUUGUACAAUAAAGCAAUACAAAGAGUUUCUGAAAAGAACAUUAAAUUUUCACCACAAGCUUCAACCAGAGAAUAUGCUAUGUUCAGAACUCCAUUAGCUUCUGUUCAAAAAUCAGCAGCCCAGACUCUCUCCAAAAAAGAUGUUCAAACCAAGUUACCUGACCCAGAUUAUCAGAAAGAUUCUACUUACAGUCGACACAACGAGUUCUCUGAGGUUGCCAAGACUUUGAAAAAUAACGAAAGCCUCAAAGCCUGUGUCCGCUGUAAUUCGCCUGCAAAAUAUGAUUGCUAUUUACAACGGGCAACCUGCAAACGAGAAGGCUGUGGAUUUGAUUAUUGUACAAGGUGUCUGUGUAAUUAUCAUAGCACCAAAGACUGUUCAAAUGCCAAACCCGUAAAAACUAGUCAUAAAAUGGGUCCUUUGCCUGGAACUAAAAAAAGCAAGAAGAAUUUACGACGAUUGUGAUCUCUUAUUAAAUCAAUUGUAACUGGUCACGAAGGUUAAUUAGAAAGUGUUAGGUUUUAAUUUAAAAAAUAAAAAUAAAUGUAUUGUGAGUUUUAAUUGUCUGUUAAAAUCAAUACAGUACGUGGGACUUUUCCCCCAGUGAAUAAAGAGGAUACACAACCUCUUAAAAUAUUUUACAAUUUAAUGUGAAAAAGUUUAAAAUUUCUCAGUAUAAAUCAGAAAAUUUAAAUAUUUUAAGGAAAAACGAAAACUGGUUAGUUAUCUGAUAUUUGUAAUUCAGAGGUAAAAUAAAAUAGAUUCACUUUUAUGGUAAAGAAAGGCCAUGUAAUUUUACCUAGACAAUCUUAACUGUAAAUUUUGUUUACCAUCUAUUAGCAUUUGAGACAUUUUAUUUGCCUUACCAACUGAAAUACCAGCUUCUGGAAUCUUAAUUUAAAUGUUUUGUCACCUUUCUUAAACCUCUUUUUCAAUACGUAUAUUUCCAAAAAAGUAUCUCUUGUGAAAUCUUGUUUAUUUUCCUUAUUUGUAGUCUGUGUUUUAAUGUUUUUGAGUGUAUGUAAAUAUGUCUAUUUUUUCUGUCAAAGUAAGAAAAUGUCUGUCUGUUUUGUAUAUACAUGUAAAGGUAAAUGUUGU